AAUGCGUUCCAGAAGCAGUGACACAGAGGGCUCAGCCCAAAAGCAAUUUCCAAGACAUAGUGAAGACUACAGUUUCCAAGGUCCUGAGAAUAUGAAGCAGAGACAGCAAGACAAAGACCCCACCAGUGAGUCGGAUGCAAUGCUUCCAUAUCCUAAGUCACACAGUGGUAAUGGCCACCAAGGAGAAGACCUCUCAAGAGACGACUUAUUAUUUCUUCUCAGCAUUCUGGAGGGAGAACUGCAGGCUCGAGAUGAAGUCAUAGGCAUUUUAAAGGCUGAUAAAAUGGACUUGGCUUUGCUGGAAGCUCAGUAUGGGUUUGUCACUCCAAAAAAGGUGCUAGAAGCUCUCCAGCGAGAUGCUUUUCAAGCAAAAUCUGCCCCUUGGCAGGAGGACAUCUAUGAGAAACCAAUGAAUGAGUUGGACAAAGUCGUGGAAAAACAUAAAGAAUCUCACAGACGAAUCCUGGAACAGCUUUUAACGGUAGAAAAAUCUCACAGGCAAACCAUAUUAGAGUUGGAGGAAGAAAAGAGAAAACAUAAAGAAUACAUUGAGAAGAGUGAUGAAUUCAUAAGCUUGCUAGAACAGGAACGUGAAAGAUUAAAAAGGUUAAUUGACCAAGAAACGGAGUCCCAGAAGAAGAAGGAGCAAGAAAAAGAGAAGAGGGUCACUGCCCUGAAAGAGGAGCUGACCAAACUGAAGUCUUUUGCUUUGAUGGUGGUGGACGAACAACAAAGGCUGACGGCACAGCUUGCCCUUCAAAGACAGAAAAUCCAAGACCUAACCACGAGUGCAAAGGAAACACAUGCUAAACUAGCCCUUGCUGAAGCCAGAGUUCAGGAAGAAGAGCAGAAGGCAAUCAGACUAGAGAACGAUCUGCACACGCAGACCACAAAGUUUCACCAGAACCAAGAAACAAUUAUGGCGAAGCUCACCAAUGAGGACAGCCAAAAUCGCCAGCUUCGACAAAAGCUGGCAGCACUCAGCCGGCAAAUUGAUGAGUUAGAAGAGACAAAUAGAUCUUUACGAAAAGCAGAAGAGGAGCUGCAAGAUAUAAAAGAAAAAAUUAACAAGGGAGAAUAUGGAAACUCCAGUAUCAUGGCUGAGGUGGAGGAGCUCAGGAAACGUGUGCUAGAAAUGGAAGGGAAGGAUGAAGAGCUCAUAAAAAUGGAGGAGCAUUGCAGAGAUCUCAAUAAGAGGCUGGAAAAGGAAACAUCACAGAGUAAAGACUUUAAAGUCGAGGUUGAAAAACUCAAUAAAAGAAUUAUGGCUCUGGAAAAAUUAGAAGAUGCUUUCAACAAAAGCAAACAAGAAUGUUACUCUCUGAAAUGUAAUUUAGAAAAAGAAAGGAUGACCACAAAGCAGUUAUCUCAGGAACUGGAGAGUUUAAAGAUAAGGAUCAAAGAGCUAGAAGCCAUUGAAAGCCGGCUGGAGAAGACAGAAUUCACCCUAAAAGAGGACUUAACUAAACUGAAAACAUUAACUGUGAUGCUGGUAGAUGAACGGAAAACAAUGAGUGAAAAAUUAAAGCAAACUGAAGAUAAGUUACAAGCUGCUGCUUCUCAGCUUCAAGUGGAGCAAAAUAAAGUGACAAUGGUUACUGAGAAGUUAAUUGAAGAAACUAAAAGGGCACUGAAGUCCAAAACUGAUGUGGAAGAAAAAAUGUACAGUGUAACGAAAGAGAGAGAUGAUCUAAAAAACAAACUGAAAGCAGAAGAAGAGAAAGGAAAUGAUCUCCUGUCCAAAGUGAACAUGUUGAAAAACAGGCUUCAAUCAUUGGAAGCAAUUGAGAAAGAUUUCUUAAAAAACAAAUUAAAUCAAGAUUCUGGUAAGUCCACAAUAGCAUUACACCAAGAGAACAAUAAGAUUAAAGAGCUCUCUCAAGAAGUGGAAAGACUGAAACUGAAGUUAAAGGAUAUGAAAUCCAUUGAGGAUGACCUCAUGAAAACUGAAGAUGAGUAUGAGACUCUAGAACGAAGGUAUGCUAAUGAACGAGACAAAGCUCAAUUUUUAUCUGAAGAGCUGGAACAUGUUAAAAUGGAACUUGCCAAACACAAGUUAGCAGAAAAGACAGACUCCAGUCAUGAACAAUGGCUUUUCAAAAGGCUUCAGGAAGAAGAAGCUAAAUCAGGUCACCUCUCAAGAGAAGUGGAUGCACUGAAGGAGAAAAUUCAUGAAUACAUGGCAACUGAGGACCUGAUAUGUCUCCUCCAGGGAGAUCAUUCAGUUCUGCAAAAGAAACUCAGUCAACAAGAAAACAGGAACAGAGAUUUAGGAAGAGAGAUUGAAAACCUCACUAAAGAGUUAGAGCGGUACCGUCAUUUCAGUAAGAGCCUCCGGCCCAGUCUCAAUGGAAGAAGAAUCUCUGACCCUCAAGUAUUUUCUAAAGAAGUUCAAACAGAAGCAGUAGACAAUGAGCCACCUGAUUACAAGAGUCUCAUUCCUCUGGAACGAGCAGUCAUCAAUGGUCAGUUAUAUGAGGAGAGUGAGGACCAGAAUGAGGACCCUAAUGAUGAGGAGUCCGUGCUGUCCUUCAAAUGCAACUCAUCUACUCCCUGUCCUGUUAACAGGAAGCUAUGGAUUCCUUGGAUGAAGUCCAAGGAGGGCCAUCCUCAGAAUGGAAAAAUACAAACUAAACCCAAUGGCAACUUCGUGCAACCUGGAGAUCUAGUCCUAAGCCACACACCUGGGCAGCCACUGCAUAUAAAGGUUACUCCAGACCAUGUCCAAAACACAGCCACUCUUGAAAUCACAAGUCCGACCACAGAGAGUCCUCACUCUUACACAAGCACUGCAGUGAUACCAAACUGUGGCACCCCAAAGCAAAGGAUAACCAUCCUCCAAAAUGCCUCCAUAACUCCAGUGAAAUCAAAAACCUCUGCUGAAGGCCUUAUGAAUUUAGAGCAAGGCAUGUCCCCAAUUACCAUGGCAACCUUUGCCAGGGCAAAGACCCCAGAGUCUUGUGGUUCCAUAACUCCAGAAAGGACAAUGUCACCUAUUCAGGUUUUGGCUGUUACUGGUUCAGCUAGCUCCCCUGAGCAGGGACGCUCUCCAGAGCCGAUAGAAAUCAGUGCCAAGCACGCGAUUUUCAGAGUCUCCCCUGAUCGGCAGUCAUCAUGGCAGUUUCAGCGUUCAAACAGUAACAGUUCAAGUGUGAUAACUACUGAGGAUAAUAAAAUCCACAUUCACUUAGGAAGUCCUUACAUGCAAGCCGUAGCUAGCUCCGUGAGACCUGCCAGCCCUUCAGCAUCACUGCAGGAUAACCGAACUCAAAGCUUAACUAAUGGGGCACUAAACAAAACAACCAAUAAAGUCACCAGCAGUAUUACUAUCACACCAACAGCCACACCUCUUCCUCGACAAUCACAAAUUACAAUCAAGGAGGUAUGCAAGCAGAGAAUCCCAACACGGAUCCCUAAACCAAAAUCUACAGGCAUUGCUAAGCUUUCCCCUAAAGCUCUCCCAGGGCCUAUGGAUAAGACUGGCUGUGGGAAGCUACACAUCAUAAGGACUGUCACCUCUAAUACUUUCUUCCACAUGGGAGGGAAAAGGUAA